AUGCCAUUCAUAAGAUUCUUCAUGUCAGCAUUGAAAAAAACAGCGAGGGGUUUGGAGAUCACUGAAGCAUUACGAUUACAGAUGGAAGUACAGAAGCGCCUACAUGAACAACUUGAGAUCGAAAGAAAUUUACAGCUGAGAAUAGAAGAACAAGGCAGGUACCUUCAGAUGAUGUUUGAGAAACAAUGCAAGCCAGGAGGAGGAAUCAAUGAUAAUUUCAAAGCUUCAUCAUCAUCUACUACCCAAGUCCUAGACUCGACCAACGAACUGGGACCCGACCUGGUGGUGGGACUGGGACCAGAUAACGACUCGCAACCAUCAAAGCAUGCAAAAGUUGAUGAGUAAAAAAUGUUGGAAAAAUAUUGACAAUUGGAUACUGUCUUUGUUUUUUACAUAUGGGUCGUAAGGUUUAGUUUUAUGGUCAAUUGGUCAUGACAUGAUGAUACCAAAGUCAGACUUGGAAACUUUUUGACUUUAUAAUUGCUUCUUUCUGGCAUAAUAAGAACCCUAAAUCAGCAGGCAGCAGGUACUAUGCGGAACCAUGCUAGAAAUAGAGGUAGUAGUAUAGGAUUCUCUAUAAAGGAGGAUGAGAUUCAGUGUUAUUUUUCCAAAGCUUGGUUGUACUAUACAUAUGUAUCCGUAUCAUCUCAUGUACUCUUAUCAACUUAUGAAAUCAUGAUGAACAACACUUUCUAUAAGGCCAAGGUGGACUGCCACAUCACUAUUUUACAUGCCACAUCAGUUUUUUAAUUUUUUAGUUUUUUAUUUAUUUAGAGUCUGUCCAUUUACUUAAAACCUUCAAUCAUUUUGGAUGUGGGCAACCACCAGACCAGCACCAUAGCCUCUCGCUUCAUCCGUUUUCUCCACCAACUUCGGUUCGUUGUGCAGUCCACCAACUCCUGAUUUGAAGACAUAAACAUUGAAGGCAUGUAAUUUUUUUUAAUAUAUUGAGUUUUUGGGUUUCAUUAACAUUCGGUGUAAUUGUGUGAUUAUAGGAUAGAAACAAACAUGAGUUCAGAUCGAGUACUCAGAUUCAAAUAUUCUGGUUAUUUUCCAUCCAACUACCUACUGUGACAAUAGUCAAAUUCGGG